AUGGCAGGAAAACACCACCGAUACCGAAUCAAGACAAACAAGACGGAGCUUAAGUUAGCAGCAGACGAUGACGAGGAUUGCCCGACUCUCCCUCCCCUACCAAAUAUGAGCAACCACCCAAUCCACUCACUCCCUGUCGAGCUCAUUGCUCACAUCUUCGUGCACAGUCUUGACACACAUCCAAACCCUAAUCUCUCCUCUCGACAUUCUCCGCUUCUUUUUACCCGUAUCUGUGCCCGUUGGCGCGCUAUUGCGCUGCAAACUCCCGCACUAUGGAGCGCCGUUUCCCUCGAACUCUACAGUCCUGUUAAGGACAGCUCCCUACACGCAAUGCUGGCCUUCUGGCUCUCGCAUAGUAAAGAACACCCGCUUGAUCUAUACUUGCACUACCGACAUCGAAUGUUGGAUGACACCAUCUCUUUGUUGGCGGGGAGCGCAGACCAGUGGACGAACGUUGAUUUAUUUGUGCAUUCAACGACCAUGGCUUCCCUCGACACCAUGACCCAAUAUGGCAGGAGACAAGAGAGCGGCUUCUGCCAUCUCCGCCGCCUAUCACUCGGGAUCGUGCCUGUUCCAGGAUCUGGACAAUCCUCCCAUCUUCCCAUCACCUGCUUCAGCCAAGCCCCGUUGUUGACCGAGGUCAAACUCUACAAGAUUCCGCCAUGCCCUGACUCUAUCGAACUCCCGUGGACGCAACUGACGUCGUUGGAGGUGAAAUGCUCGGAUAUCCACUCUUCGUUGAACGUGUUGCGAGCAACACCGUUGUUGACCAACUUGCAUGUGCAAAUUGAUUGCCCCCCUGCCGGUGGGCUGUGGACGGAGCUCGUGGAAGACAAUGCAACGGGCGAAUAUGCGCAUUCGGCCCUCAAGUCCCUCAGUAUCAAUGUCCACCCAGCCGCCCUUUCCACAGCACCGAUUCGUGCGCUUCUUCGACUUCUACCAUGUGAUCUUCCUGCUCUCGAAUCGCUGGUUUUGCCCACGUUAACGCCUGAUGAUGUCUCGGCCUUCACUGCUUUUGUCGACCGCGCAAAUCUUGAGAGCCUGACGAUUGCGCUGGCGCCAUUGCCUGCCGAAGGGUUGUGCCAAGUGUUCAGUGGCAAAGGGAUGAAGCGCUUGAGAUUUCUCGAGUUGCGGCAUGCGGGCGAGAACACUUUAUGUGCGUUGUUCGACAAGCUCGCGGGUGACCUGCAGAUGGGAGAACAAGAAGUCGGAGAAGGCUAUGAUCAGGCGCCCGCCAUGGUUUUCCUCCCUUCGCUCCAGUCUCUCCAUGUCGACUCGUUCCGCUCGGCCGUGCCGUAUCCCGCCCUUCUGUCUGCGUUGCGUGCCCCCGGCCGUGCAAGCCCGUUCAGCUUUAGCAUGACAGUUACCGCUCCUCGUCGCGGAAGUGUGUCGGAGAAUACCGAUGCGGUUGAAGAAGUUCGACAGCUCAAAGCCAAGGGUCUGAAGAUUGCUGUUGAGCAUCUUUAUGAGGGAAGUGCAAUCUAA